AUGGACGCACAGAACUUAGCGAAUGCACAGCAACCUGGACAACCAAACCCAGAGAAUAUUCCAAAUGAAGUUAGAAUACAAACUGCAAUGGCAAACUAUGGUCAAGUGCCAACAGAUGUACAAAUGCAAACUGCCAUGUCAAAUGACGCUGCGUUAGGUUUGCCACCAUGGUAUGCAAAUAUGAGAUGGAAAGAGUUUUAUACAAACCCUGAAGUGUCAUAUAAACAUCUGUCAAAAACCGUUUUUUACUUCACUUAA